AUGGCCGGCGACUCCAGGACCGCCAUGCACCAGGACAUGGAGAUGGGGGCCGCGCCCCGGGACGCCAAGAGGCUCCCCAGGCAGGCCCGUGAGGACGCGCCCCUGGCCACGGACCGCACGCGCCUGCUGACCGAGGGCAAGAAGCCCCGGCAGCGCUACGUGGAGAAGAGUGGCAAAUGCAACGUGCACCACGGCAACGUGCAGGAGACCUACCGCUACCUGAGCGACCUCUUCACCACGCUGGUGGACCUCAAGUGGCGGUUCAGCCUGCUGGUCUUCACGCUGGUCUACACCACCACCUGGCUCUUCUUCGGCUUCAUCUGGUGGCUCAUCGCCUACCUGCGGGGCGACCUGGAGCACGUGGGCGACCAGGAGUGGAUCCCCUGCGUGGAGAACCUGGGUGGCUUCGUGUCCGCCUUCCUCUUCUCCAUCGAGACGGAGACCACCAUUGGCUACGGCUUCCGUGUGAUCAAAGAGCACUGUCCCGAGGGCAUCGUGCUGCUGCUGGUGCAGGCCAUCCUGGGCUCCAUCGUCAACGCCUUCAUGGUGGGCUGCAUGUUCGUCAAGAUCAGCCAGCCCAAGAAGCGCGCCGAGACGCUCAUGUUCUCCAGUCACGCGGUCAUCUCGCUCCGCGACGGCCAGCUCUGCCUCAUGUUCCGCGUGGGCGACCUGCGCAGCUCCCACAUCGUGGAGGCCUCCAUCCGAGCCAAGCUCAUCAAGUCCCGCCACACGGCCGAGGGCGAGUUCAUCCCCCUGCACCAGACUGACAUCAACGUGGGCUUCGACACGGGUGAUGACCGCCUCUUCCUGGUGUCCCCGCUCACCAUCUCCCACGAGAUCAAUGACAAGAGUCCCUUCUGGGAGAUGUCGCGGGCCCAGUUGCAGCAGGAGGAGUUUGAGGUGGUGGUCAUCCUGGAGGGCAUGGUGGAGGCCACAGGCAUGACUUGCCAAGCGCGGAGCUCCUACACGGACACCGAGGUGCUGUGGGGCCACCGGUUCACACCCGUCCUCACCUUGGAAAAGGGCUUCUACGAGGUGGACUACAACACAUUCCACGACACCUACGAGACCAACACUCCCAGCUGCUGUGCCAAGGACUUGGCGCAGAUGAAGCGGGAAGGUGGGCUCCUCCAGGACCUCCCCAGCCCCCCUCUGGCCUCAGGCUGUGCCGAGAUGGAGCUGAACCGAGAGGCUGAGCAGGAGGAGGGCGAGGGGGAACCCGACGGGCUGGGUGGGCCCCAGGAGCCCUGA